AGAUUAUUUAACACCCUUAGGAUACUAAUAAAAAAAUAAAGUAGGCAGACAAUAUGGUUAAGGUAUCGAUCAAGAAUGCUGGUAAAGUAUAUGAUAUUGAGCUUGAAUUAACCGAUACUGGUAAGACAUUCAAGGAAAAGAUCCAAGAGUUGACUUUGAUUCCACCUCAGAGACAAAAGAUUUUGGUGAAGGGAGGAAAGGUUCAAGAUGAAGCUACUAUUGAAUCCCUCAACUUGUCUUUGAAAGCACCAAUUAUGGUUUUGGGUACCCCAGAUAAGGAUCUCCCUACUAAGCCUGUAGAAAAGCAAGUUUUCCUCGAAGAUUUGAACAGUCUGCAAUUGUACAAGAUUGACAAUGAACCAUCUGGUUUGAUUAACUUGGGUAACACUUGUUACUUGAACUCAUCAAUGCAAGUGUUAUUCCAAAUCAAAGAUAUCGCCGAUAGAUUGAAGAAUUAUAACACCACCUCUAGUGGAGCUGGAUCAUUAUCUCCACAAGAGUCACUCACCCUGGCUCUUAAAGGUGUUUUUUCACAAAUGCUGCAAAAACAACAAAACAUAAACCCAACGUUGUUUUUGACAAUUCUUAGAAAUGUAUACCCUCAGUUUGCUGAGAGAUCAGAAACCGGUCAUUUCAAACAGCAAGAUGCUGAAGAAGCCUACCUGCAAAUUUUGACUGCAUUGAACAACACUCUUAAGAUUGAAGAUUAUUUCAAGUUAAGCUUUAAGGCUACCUCCAAGUGUUUAGCCUUACCUGAUGCUGAAUCUACCGUCACAUAUGAAGAUGCUUCCAAAUUAAAUUGCCAUAUCUCGAUCCAAACAAACUUUUUGAGAGAUGGUCUUCUUAGUGGUUUAAAGGAAACCAUUGAGAAGUACAAUGACACUUUACAAUCCAACACCGAAUAUGAAAUCAAUAGAACUAUUACAAGAUUGCCUAAGUACUUGACCGUUCAAUUUGUCCGGUUUUAUUGGAAGAGAGACACUCAAAAGAAGUCCAAGAUUUUAAGAAAAGUUCAAUUCCCAUUUGAAUUGGAUUUAGCAGAAAUGUUGGAUGAUUCUAUCAAGCAAGAAAAAGUUAGUGUCAGAGACAACAUUAGAAAAGUCGAAAAGGAUAACCUGGAUAUGAUUCGGGACUUCAAAAAGGCAAAACGUACAAACGAUUCCACCAUCCAACUUCAACAACAACAGGAAGAAGAAGAAAUGAAAUUGUUGUCCAUCAAAACUAAGUUCCAAGAUGAUUUGAAGGCAGCCUUGCCAUCAAUCGAUUUGGAAACUGUCACCGAGAAUCCAUCGUCGGUCUAUCAAUUGCAAGCGAUCAUUUCUCACAAGGGUGCAUCCGCCGAUUCCGGUCAUUACCAAGCUUUCGUCAAGGAUCCUUUAGAUUUGGACGGAGACAAGUGGUGGAAGUUCAAUGAUGAUAAGGUUUCAGUCAUUGAAAAGGAUAAGAUCGAGCAAUUAGCUGGUGGAGGAGAAAGUGAUAACGCGUUGAUCUUGCUCUACAAAGGUAUUGGAUUAUAA